GUCACCCAUUAACCAGUGAGUGUGUCAAAAGAGGAUGAGUCUCGCUGGUCCACACACAGACCUUCCAGUCGCACCUGCAUAGCUGCCCAGGUCAGUAGGGCCGUUCUGUUUCUGCUUCAAACCCCCCCCAAAAAAAUUAUACAACAGAUUCACACUUUGGAUCCACGAGACGCAGCCCGCAACGCCAAGUCAGUGACACACACACACAGUCUCUCUGGGACGAUGAUGGCGAUCACUUACCUGCGUCCCCCGCUGCCUCGCCGGCCCCCGCUGAGGCUUCUGGGUACCGGGGCCCCCUGGCUGGCGGCGGCGGCGGCCAAGCAGCCCGGGCUCCCCUCGGCCACUUUGAGCUUCCAGGAGCCGAGCGCCUUCAGGGCCAAGAGCCUGAGCGAGCUGGUCCGCGCCCUGGCCGUCUUCCGCCUCUGCUCCUUCCCCCUGCUCGUCGACCACUGCGGGAAGCUGAUGUCGGCGGCGCGCGGCCUGUUGGGCAGGAGGCUGUUCUCCCUGCUGCUGCGGCCCACCGUCUACGCCCAGUUCGUGGCCGGGGAGAACGAGGGCGAGAUCUCCCGGCGCGUGCAGAAGAUGAGCUCGCGGGGACUCAGGCCCAUGCUGGCCGUGCCAAUCGAGGAGGAUCUGGGGGAGGGCUCCGGCGAGGAGACGUACGACGACAACAUGGAGGCCGUGCUGGAAUGCGUGCGGAUGUCACACAGCAACGCCUGGAGCAAAGAGCCCAUGAUGCAGCUGAAGAUCACGGCUCUGCUCCGGCCCGAGCUGUGUGUCAAACUCACAACGCUCAUCGGCCAACGGCCGCUUCCCCUGAAUCUUCUGGUCAGAGCUCUGGAUGGAGAGCCGAUUAAAAUCCCUGGUUUAAACGAGCGCGAAGUGGCCCAUUUGCUCUGUGGCCUGCGGCGACUCAACAGAGUAGCAGAGGCAAGCGUAGACAAAGUGAGAGUCCUGGUUGAUGCAGAGUACACCUACAUGAAUCCCGCACUCUCUCUGGUCACCAUGGCGAUGAUGAAGAAGUUCAACAAAGAUGGUGUCUGGAUCUGGAACACGUACCAGUGCUACCUGAAGGAGUCCAGGUCUCUCCUCUCAGAAGCUCUGCGGCUGUCCAACGGCGGGGGCUUCGGCCUCGGGGUCAAGCUGGUCCGAGGAGCCUACAUGGACAAGGAGAGGAUGCUCGCAGGGAAAGAGGGUCGCCCGGACCCCGUCCACCGGUGCUGGGAGGACACCAACGACAGUUACAACGGCUGCCUGGACGCGAUGCUGGAGGCCAUCUCCCAGAAGCCCGAGCGGUACCGGCUCAUCGUCGCCACUCACAACGAGGACUCGGUGAGACGCGCCGCGCGACGGAUGCAGGAGUUGGGGAUGGACAAGGACGGGGGCUCGGUGUGCUUCGGCCAGCUGCUGGGCAUGUGUGACCACGUCUCCCUCACCCUGGCAAAGGAGGGUUACGCAGUGUACAAGUCGGUGCCGUACGGCUCGGUGGAGGACACGCUCCCCUACCUGGUGCGUCGGGCUCAGGAGAAUCGGACCGUGUUGCAGGGGAUUCGCAAAGAGAGGGACCUGCUGAGGAGAGAGCUCUACAGGAGGCUGGGCCUGGGGGGGGGGAACCCCUCCACACUUUGAAUGGAAACGCGUCUCGUGUCCAGGUUGCAAAAGCGGGAGAGUUGAUCCCUGCAAAAAAAAAAAAGAACCCCAACUCAUUAAGGGUGUCAAUGAAGGGACAUCGAUGGUCCACAAGUUGAAGCAGGUGAACGCGUGAAUGUUGAAAUCUAUGCACACUUAGCCGUAAAGUGGUGUGAACAAAUCAGAAAGCAAAGUGAAUGAAAAUUAAACAUGCAAUAAAUGAGAUUUUAUCCAAUUG